GGGGCGGGUGUAGGGGAGCGUGGAGGGACGGCCGGGUGAGUCAGAUGUAAACAUGGCGGCUGAGCAGUGCGAGAGCAUCCUCGUCCUGGAGGACCGGGUCAAGAGGCUCGAGGAGAAGAUCUUCGGGCCCCUGCCCAAGGAUGCCCAGUACCCGGAGGUUGUUUCAACGUUGGCUUCGCUGGGCGGGCGGCUGGGCAGUGCGCUGGGCACCCGCGACCGUAUGAUGAUGGUUAUGAAGAGAUUAGAAGAAUUGGAGCGUUACCUUGACCCUUCAUAUGGCGAGUCCCUCGAGUUGUCAGACAGUGUUAAGCUGGACUUGGUGUUGGCCCGUGAGGAGCAGCUGCGCAACCAAUACCAACACCUCAAUACAAUGAACACUCUUAAGAAUGUCCUGGAUUCACAGCACAUCUCAGAUUCUGCCAACCUGGGUGACGAGUUGAUCCAGAUAGCUAACAGACACAGUGAGGAUGAGGAGGCAGCCUCCCAGCAGAGUGUGCAGAUCAAGAAGAUGCUUGACCAAUAUAAUGCUAUUAUUAAUACUCUCACAGAGACCUUCAUAAAGAUGGAUGAAGUGGUGACCAAGGCAGAGAUAGCAGCACUACCCAAGAAAGCAGAAGACUGAGAACUGCAACGCUCACAUAGUUUGGAAGGUUUCGGUUAUGUGCGCAUGAUCCAGUCGUCCAGUAUUAUCAUCAAAUGCUGAUAAAGGGUUGCAAGAUCUGCUAUAUUCUGUACUAAUGCGAUAUAAUGCACAGGGCUGUUUUGAGUGUUUCUCAGUCUUUAUAAUUUUCUGGUUAGCAUUAUUAGGUAAUCAUGUUGGGAUUUUCAUUCACGGAUAAUAUUUGCUGUUGGCUGUAACUGGAAAAUAUUAAUAUACCUUUGUGUUUGUUAAGACAUAUUUAUCAUAGAAGUAUAAACACUACUAGUUGAGGUGGGUUAUGGACACAUUCCUUACAUUUGAUUUAUGAAGGCGAAUGACUUAUUGUUUGUAAGGUAGCAUGGCAGCUGGUAUGCAUGUAUGAGAUUAAAUAUUUGUGUUUGUGUGUGCAUGCUUACAUGAGAUGGGUUAUAUGUGCCUAUGGAUGUGUGUGUGUGUGCAUAUGUAAGAUAGGUUAUUUGUGUAUACUGUAUGAUUGUAUGUGUGUUAUGGGAUAUUUGGCUAUAUGGUAUGAAAAUUUGUGAGUACUGUAGUUGGAUAAUUGGGUAUACUGUGUGAUUGUGUAUGUAUACUCUGAUAUUUAUGAUUGUGUAUGAGUGUGUUUGUGUGCAAGAUAUAGAAUAAUUGUGUUACUGAACAUUUGGGAAUUAAUAGACAUUAGUGUACUGUAUAAUUAUUUUACUUUUUAUCAGGAUCCUGAUAUAAAAUUUCCACCUUAAGUUAUUAAAGAAAAUGUUGCUUAAAUUCAUGGGAACCUUUUCGGACUCUCAGCUAAUCUUAUAUGAAUUAAUUUUAGAACCAUUUUCAUUCUUCAAGUUGUUUAAUAAGCAUUGCAUUUUAAAUUGUCAUUUUUCCUUCAUGCAGGAAUUUAAAACUUAAUGGCUGACAUGAUAUUCAAUAAAUUGUUAUUGCACAUUGA